CAAGGCUUGAUAGUAGAGGGAGGGGGAAUGACAUAAACACAAGACUUUUCGUAUUUCCAUUUACGUCUGCGACGUUAUGCGUCAAAGUAGCGAAAAUUUGCACCGGGAAAUCAGCCCUAAAAGAACGUUUAAUUCUGAUAAAAUCCAGUCAGUUGUGUUUUAAUACAACUAAAAUCGGAGUCAGUUGGUAGAAAUAAUUUUUAUAGCAUCGUUUUAUAUUUUUCUGACGCAUCACCUCAAGAUUUGUGAACAUGACGUCCACUUCUUCUACAUCUUCUGGAUCACAAACUGAUGAGCCAAAAGAAAGUUGGGUCACCUACGUGAAAAAAAUCAAUCAGAUGCAGGGGUUGGCGAAAGCGACCUUGUUGAGAGACUUUCGUAGGGCGGGCGGCAUUCAGGACCGAAUUGAACUUCAUCUAAGUAGAAUGCGGACCUUGGGCAUAGAGGUAAAUAUGGAGCCCACGAGGGUAAAGGAUGAUGCCGAAGCCCGAAGGUACAGAAAUAUCGGAGAUAAUUUGAUGAACGCGCAGGAGAUUGAUAUACCCGCAGCAUUGAAAAACUAUUGUCUGAGUAUUAUGUUUGCAACACCUGGAACUCAAGAUUUAGGACUUUCUUAUGAAAAGCGUUCACUGAUUUCAUUCAUGGAGGGACGAUAUACAGACUGUCUGCGCGAUAUCCGCAGCGCUGAGGAUCAUGAUUAUCCAAGGAAAUUGCUACCAAAACUGUACGCUAGAAAGAUCAAAUGUCUAGUGGCUUUGAACAGCUCACCAAUGGACGUUGCGAUUGCCCUGAACGUCGUAAAAAACAGACUGUCAUACAUGGAUGCCGAGGAUAUCGGGGAUGAUCUGCGGGAGUUGGCAAACAGUACUGUUGAUGAGUUGGUUGCUGAUGCACCUUCCCCUGACGCGGAGUCUGUUGCAGCAGAGCCGGAGAAGAUUGAACCGAUUGUCAAGGGCCCUCCCUGCUGUAUACCGGGUGCCACUGGCAUUAACAUUUCGUAUUCCAACGAACGUGACAGGCAUGUUGUUGCCUUGAGGAAAUUUCAACCUGGGGACAUCAUCGCAGCCGUUCCAAUUUACGCUAGUGUACGAAAAUCUAUGAAAUUUUAUAAGAUGUGUGAUGAGUGUUCCAAGGAAACAUUAAUUGGAAUUCCCUGUAUUUUCUGCGCCAAUGUUGUCUACUGCUCGGAUAUGUGUCAGUAUAAAGCCUGGGCGCAGUAUCAUGCGGCUGAAUGUACAAUUUUAGGAAUAUUGUUGGAUGCCGAUCUAGAUCUCUAUGCUUUGCUCGGCAUGAGAAUCCUGUUGAAAGCUUUGCACGAGGCUGGGAAUAUUAGAAACCUUCGGACCAUGCUGAGGGACAUAACUGCAGUUACUGAUCCCGAAAUUCAAGGUUUUACAGAACUUCGCUUUGACACAUCAAAGUACGCGACAGUUCAUUCUCUGUUAAAGGAUCGAGAACAGUACAUGUCUUUUGACAAGGCUGGAACGUCAUUAUCUGCUCUCAUAACUAUCUACCAUUUGGCUACAAUGACUGAUGCAUUUGGUUCACGCUACCUUGGAAAUUUAAUUAUUAUGAGCAAAGACCCCGAUCUCCGAUUUUUGGUAGACCUGUUAGUGAAGAUUUAUGGAAUUGUGGACCAAACUGUAGUCCAGCCUUUGGAUCCCACUCCGCUGGAAGAAGAUGGUAUGGUGAUGGCACCGUUUCUUUCUCUUUUCAAUCACAGCUGUGCUCCCAAUGCCGUAGUUUUUGGAUACACUCAGAACGUUAUGAUUGCACUUAAUCAAAUCAAUGUCGGCGAUGAAAUUUGCAUUGCUUAUCAGAACCUGCGUUUCAACCGAAUGCCGAGAAGAAAGAGGCGGAGGUUGCUCUUUCAACACUACUACUUGCAGUGUCCCUGUAAGGCAUGUGAGGAGGAUUGGAAACCCUAUCCGGGGCUAACGCGUAUUUCAGAAAUCCAAAAAUUGACCCUGGAAUUGGGAAAUAGCUUAAGAUUGGCACAGAACUUUUUUUCCAAUAUAAGGGGUGGUCAAACUAACGGAGACACCUCUGCCAGGGGUACAGUCAUACACAAUAUUGCCAAACUUUCUCAGCGUUCUCAACCUACCAAGGAUCUAAUCGACUAUCAAGAGAUGCUGGAGAAUAUGUGCCUCGAGCGUUACGAAUUUUAUUAAUAUCUUCGAUUUUUUUCACCCCACUGUUUUUAAUUAUCUUCUAAUUUACGUUCGUAGUGUUAUUCACGUUUUUAUUAUAUUAAUAUGCAGUAGCAAGCAGUGGGUUAGUAACGCGUAGAUUUUACACUGUAGUAACAAGACGUAGUUCGCUUGAUUUUUUAAACUAUAUUUUACUGAAUAUCAGAUGUGAUUUACAUCACAGUACGAUACCGAGAAGCUAUCUCAUUUUUUUAUCAUUUACUUAUUAACAUUUUUUGUAAUCAUAAAGCUUAGUAAUUGCUAGCUAGUAGUAGUUUUAAAGUAGCUAAGCUUGUAUAACAGUAAAAGUAGGACAUCUCAUAAUAUCAAUUAUUUACGAGUCUUUAAAAUCUAUAAUUGUCUAUUAUAAUCCGGAAUCCAUAAAAGGAUUCUCGUCCUAAUUGGACUAUUAACACAGUAAGAGCAUCAUAAAAAAUUGAACAUGCCACAGCAAUGUAGCGAACAUUAUUUUGAUAAAUAAAUAAACUUGGAACCUAAA